CUACGGCAACGCCGCAUGCGCAGCUCACAAAAGUCACAGAGCACGGCCUACGACUUCCAGCAUGCCCCGCGGGCGCUUAGCACUCCGUACAAAUCACAGAGCACCGCCUACAUCCCCCAGCAGCCCCUGCGGCACGGCGCAGGCGCGGGGCGCGCAGACAAGAUGGUGCUGCUGCGGCAGGUGUACGGGUCGCUGUUCCGCCGCAGCUCCACGUUCGCGCUGUCGAUCGUGCUGGGCGCGGUGCUCUUCGAGCGCGCUUUCGACCAGGGCGCGGACGCGCUCUUCGAGCAUCUCAACGAAGGGAAACUGUGGAAACACAUCAAGCACAAGUAUGAGAACUGAGCAGCUCAGCAGCAGGAGCCAGCCUAGGGUGGCAAGAGGCACUGCAGGGAUGGAUUCAGCCUCCUGAAAAUGGGAAUGGAUUGCUGAUGGAACAACUCCAAGCCACCUACUGAUAUGAUGUGAAGCCAGAUGGACUCAAGGAGUUCUGCUGCUGUACUCCACUUACUGUGUUCAAAUAAAACUCCUGGUCCUGU